AUGGCCGACAUGCGGCACCAGCUCGAGGAGGAGCUCCGGCAGAGGUGCUCGGACCUGGAGGGGCAGCAGCAGGACACGUUGUCCAAGUCGCGCGCUUGCCUGGCAGCCGUGGAGGACACCCAGAGAAGACAUGGGUUCGCCAUGUCGCGCGUGGAGGGUACGAUACAGGAGCUCCUGGGCCGGGCCGAGGAGCACGGGCUGCGCCUGGGCAGCCUGGAGGCCUCGGCCGCGCUGGCGGCCCAGGCCUCCGCCCCGCGCGCCCGCCUGGCGCUGGAGCCCGCCGAGCCCCCGGCCGGGGACCAGCUGUGGCGGUUGGAGCAGACCGCGGCGGACCUGCACCAGCGGCUGGAGCAGCUGCGGGACGACGCGAGGAGCGACCGCGCGGCGUGCAACGCCCUGGCCGAACAGGUGACUGAGCACGAGACCCGCAUCGUGGGAUGCAGGGCGUACGUGGACAGCCACCAGGGCACCCUGGCCUCCUUGGACGACCGCAUCCGGCAGGUUUGCGAGAGGCAGCUGGUCCAGCCCCUGAGCAAGAGCGUCCGGGAGCUGGCCCGGAAGCACCUCGAGGCGCAGGAGCGGAGCGAGGCCACCAGGAUGGCGCUCGACCAGGUCCACGAGGUCGUGUCGAGCUUCCAGCGUCAGGUCUUCACUUCGCCAUCCACACGGUCUGCGAUGACUCCGGCGCAGUAUUCGCAGAGUCAACAGAUUGAACAUUUUCGUGAGCAGCCCACGGAGGUCGACGUGGUGGCCGCCGAGCCCCGCCGGAGCUCCUCGCCCCCGAAGGCCAGGCUGGACGCCGGCAUCGACGCGGCGACGCCGCCGCCGCGGCUGCAGGCGCUGCGCUCGUCGGGCUGCGAGUCUUCCCCGGGCGCCAGCGGCCCGAGCCUGGCCCAGUCGCCGGCCGCGCCGACGAGCCCCAAGGAGACGUUCGGCCCUCUGAUCAUGGAGCUCCUGAACAAACUCAAGGACAUUGCACCGAAGGUCAUCGAGCACGAGAGGUUCAUCGAGCUGGUCAGGGCCAACGGCCAGCUCGCUGUCACGAAAGAGGACCUCGAGGCCCUCCGCGACGAGAUGCGCGGAUUCAGGUGCCGCAUGGUCGAGGUGGAGCAGAGCAUCGAGAACAUCCGGACCGUGUGA